CAAACAACAAGCAAGAUGCGUUUCCAGCAUUUUUUCAUCAAUUUUUUUAUUCUUCUUUUAUUUCAAUUUUUUAUAUUCACUAAAAGCUCUGUUCCUACAUUAGCAUGCCUUAGAUGUGACAAGGAGUUUUAUAAAAUCAAGGAUGAAUUUAUAAACCUGUUUGACAAGGGACACAAGCUUGAUGCGAUUGAAUAUUCCAAAAUAGGUUUUAUUAAAAGAUUUUUGGAAAAAAUAUUUACAGUUACCUUUGAGGGCGUUGUUGCCAGUAUGGAAGAGAGGACACUGGAUACCCUCGGGAUAGCUGAAUUGGCCAAGGAGUUUCGAAAAACAAUGAAAACUAUAGCAGAUACUAAAUUUAAAGGAGCCAGACUUCUCAAGGUCAUAGAAUCAAACGUGAAAGAGCUACAACGGAAAUCUGAGAUUAUUGUUCAAACGUUUGAGCAAGAACGUACAUGCCCCAAUGUGAAAGGUGGCUUCAAUUGUGGAGUUCUUGAGCAGAAAGUCAUUCAAUGCGGCACAUGCAAAGAGCAGACUCUGGCGUGUGUCGGGGGCCCCAAAGAGAACAAAUGUGACGAAAUUAUGUCUAACUGCGUGAUGUGUGUGUGUUAUGGAAAAGUAUGUCAACGUAAGUACUUACAGCUUCCACAUUCAUGUCUGAAUACAAUAUAAUAUAUACUAUUAGCACUGGUUUUCCAUCCAAGACAUAAUUCAACUGAUUUAACUGAAAUUAUAUAUCACUUGUUGGUGCUUUCCACCUUUUCUGCAGAAAACCCCAGAAAACACUU